AUGACCGACUUCGUUGUCGACCACUGGGAUGAGGGUGUGGAUGGUGUUUUGUCGAGGGAGACAAUGCUAGAGAAACUGAAAAAACAGGGUUACUCGGCGACUCCAUACACAUUUAGUGCCGGCAGCACCUUUCCAACACACACACAUGAUGUCGAUAAGAAGGAUGUAGUUGUCGAUGGUGAGCUUGAGUUCACUAUGUACGGUAAAUCAAUCAUCUUGAAGUCUGGUGAUACCUUGGUCGUCCCUAAAGGCGUGCCUCACUCUGCUAAAGUUAUCGGAAACCGGAAACUGGAGUUCUUUGACGCCACAAAGCUGUAG